AUGCCACGGCGAGCCAAGAUAAAGGCGGCUAAAAGCGGCAGUAACUCACCACAACGUAGCUUACGUCCUCGCAGAGCUGCUACUGAUAAUGCGAAGAAUUCAGACCUGCCUGCGGAAUCUUCAGAGAAGAUGGCUUCUCAUGCGGCAAACCCGGCUGCGAGCCGCACAACUACGAAAAGAGCAUCAAAGAAGUGGAGUGAACCGUUUGUGACGACGAGUGAAAAGUCGCCGCUUGUGAAUAUUGAUUUAGUGAAACUGCUGGCCAAACCCGAGGCAUGGAAUUGUCUUGAAGAGGAUGAAAAGAGGGAGAUUCUUUCUUUACUUCCUCCUGAUGUUCAUCCUAACCCUGAUGGGGACCCUGAAGAUGCGAAUUUCAAAUUAGAGCCACUUCCACAAGAAUUUCUCCGUUACUCAAUACCCUGGCGUGAUGCAGUGCGUCAGUUCCAGGCUGACCUCGAAAAUGGUAAAUAUGACCCGGAAUGGCAGCGCCAGGCCCAUCAAGCUAUGCAAGAAAGGGCAGACGGCAAGUUCGAUGCUUGGAAAGAAGAGCAGUUUGAAGAAUUCUGGGGACAGAAACAGAAAAUCGAUUCGGGUUUGAUUGCGGGAGAAAGCUCAAAAAUUAAGCUAGAAACGUUAGUUCAACAUAAUCUCAUUCAAGUUGGCGAUGUUUGGAAAUACGCUAGGGUUUUUGGGAAACAAAAGGAGAAAGUUUUCAUUGAGAAAGAAGUGAAAAUAAUUGGUCGCGAUGGGAAUACUCUUACGUUUUCCAUUCCUCCUGGUCGCCGUGUCCUUCUCUGCGGUGUCAUAGACUGCUCCGAGACGAAGGACUCCUCUAACACACCCCCAAAAUUGGCAUCGAUUGACAACCCUUUUCUUGAUGAUGAGACUAGUUCCGCUACUGAGAUGGAUACUGGCUCUCAAUUCCCGCGUCAUAUAGAUGUAAAUAAUGGAUCACCUCAAGAGCUAUUACAAAGUGGGAAUCUUGUGCACUCUCUGAACGAAUUUAUCGUGGGCAUAGAGGGCAACUCUGAAACCCUAAUUCCCUCUGCGGAUACACCUCCUAAGACGGAUACAACCAAGGCAACUAUUAAUACGAAAAUGAAGACUGUGCCCAGUAGUACCGCCAGCUUUUGCCUCACUCAUGACAGUAUCGCAGUACCUGGUGCUGCCAAUUUCCCCGAAAGCUGUGAGGAAGAUUCCUUUAGCUCUUGCUCUGAGAUCUCAGAUAUCGAAUCCAAUUUUAACCUUGACGAUAUCGACCUCUCCUGGGAUAUCUACCGUUUUAAUCUUAGCUCUAAUAUGGGCGCUUCUGGACGGGAUUCGACUGAUGGCAGAAAUUGCACUCACGCCAGGCCAAAUACUACUAAGGAUCGAUCUGAGAAUAUAUCAGCAGGUUUAAUGAAGACUGAACACUCUACACCGGAGAAUAUCAAUGAAUCCAUAAAGUAUUCCUCCUCUAGCAGAGACAAAAACACCAUUCUCAAUAGAGCCCAAUCCAAGGUCGACACUACCAAUACUAGGGAGGCUUUUCCAAGACCCAGUGAACAACCUAUGAAGGAUAUUGUGCUCAGUGGUGUAAGGGGGCCUGGAGCUUUAGAAAACAAAAUUCUUCGAACCGAUGGCCGUAUGACUAACCCCCCGAACGGAAAUGCCUGGAAAGAUUUCCGCUGUUUCCGGAACAACCAAGACAUGGGUAGUCUCUGGGAAAUCAGACAGGCAUGGUAUCUUCGGACUCGCUAA